GCGACGAGGCCGUCGUUUCGCAGGAGCGGACCGCGCCUCCACCUCCUCUCUUUGGCUCGUCCAGUGCCUCGACUCCCGCGGAAACGCCGUCACCAGCCCACCGGGAGGGUGUCGUGUAGCGAGAUAUCUUGCGUUCGAAGAGGAUUGAAGCACAGCAUCUCGUCUCCCUUCGAAACCCGGUCCGGUGAUCUCCGGAACCUUCUUUCGUGGCGUUCUCUUGCUUCUGGGGUUUUGGAUUCCGAGGUGGUUUCUUGUUGUUGUGGUAUUGUGGUGGAUCUCAGCCCGAGCAGAAAAGUUCCCGUUUUGGAGCGUCCCUGGUGUGAUCCGAUGGGUUUUUUUCCCUGACCGAUAUCUUUCGACUUUGAAGUGAUGGGUUUCGGUAGCUUCUGUUGCAAAUCUCAUCUCUUUGUCCUCGACGUGGACGAUGUGGUUGACUUUGUCCUUGAAAGCUGAGAUAUUGGAGCGUAUGAAUUCUUUUAGAGAUUCCAUUUCUUCGGUUCUUUUUUCGCUGAAGUCGAUAGCUUUUUCUUGCUUUGGAUUGAAAAGAAACAAAGAAGGAACAAAAGGUAAUCGACUUUUAGUUUUGGUUUUAAGGGAAGUUCUUGAAUCGAAGUGAAGCUGAUUAGUCCUGGUUGACGAGAAAAAAGAAGGCUUUUUGGUUUGCUAUUUGAUUGUUCAAUGGAGUUGCAAUUUGAUCGGGUGAUUCGUUAACAUUACUUCGUCUACAUUGUAAAUGGCAUCAUUCAGAAGAAAUAUACCUGGGGCGCGGCGAGGUGGAGCUGUGCAUAUUGGCGAAGAAUCAAUAGAUGCCGAUGCCUUCACCAAAUUAUCUCAUUCUGAGACCUAUUUGGUUGCAAGAAGAUUGCUAAAGUCAUUCUUGAAUUCACUGGUGAACAGGAUUCAGGAUGGUUUUGCUGGUCUUUUGCUGCGACCAUCUUCUCGGUUUGUGGACAGGUCCAAGGCAAAGGGGUUACGCUGGAAGAAAGUUCUUUUGCAUAUCUUCAUCUUUUUCAUGAUUGGGAUAUUCAUCGGUUUCACCCCGUUUCAGUCUGUGGAUGUUUCCAAGAAUUUUUCUUCUGGACAUCAAUUGUUCUCCUUUAAAGAAGAUCUAGCAGCUUUAGAUACUCAUAGGAAAAUCUAUAUGAUGCAAAAGGAGGUUCAGAAAACUGCUAAGGCAGAAAGAAAAAAGAAUGAGUCGCAUGAGACAAUGGAUGCAUUACCUUCAGCUCUGAGUGUGGAGUUAGAAUCUCACAAGCUUCUAAUUAUUGUUACUCCAACUUAUGUUCGGCCAUUUCAAGCCUAUAAUCUAAACCGCCUGGCGCACACAUUAAGAAAUGUACCACCUCCUCUGCUCUGGUUAGUCGUGGAGACAUUCACAAGGUCUAGUGAAACUGCUAAGAUCUUGAGAGGAUCUGGGGUCAUGUACAGACAUCUUGUGUGCAAACAGAAUGUCACAUAUAUAAAGGAUACUAGUCUGAAUAUAGCUCUUUCUCACAUCGAAGAACACCGUCUUGAUGGUAUUGUACACUUUGCAGAUGAUAAUGGGAUAUAUUCCAUCCAUCUCUUUGAUCAAAUGAGACAAAUCAGGCGAUUUGGCACAUGGCCGGUUGCCAUUGUCACUGGUACUGGCAAGCAAGUUUCAAUAGAAGGACCAGUUUGCAAUGGCAGCCAAGUCAUUGGAUGGCACAGGAAUCUGAGCAAGAUAUCUCGAAGACUCCACACUACCAUGGCAACCUUUGCAUUUAACAGUACUGUACUAUGGGAACCCAAUAGAUGGCUCCGCUUGAAUCCUGAACCUAGACGAAAACAUGAUCUAAUAGAGGAAGAUUCCGAGGAGACUGCAUUCAUUGAAGAACUGUUUGAAGAUGAAAGCCAAAUGGAAGGUUUAGCAAAUAAUUGCUCUUUGAUAAUGGUUUGGCACCUUCGAGUAGAAGCUUCUGAAAUGAGAUAUCCCAAGGGCUGGCUGAUGCAGAAGAACUUAGAUGUUGUCAUUCCUCUAGCAUGACAGAUGGUUGAAUCACCCCAUCAAAUGUAAAAAACACUUCUUUUCUUUCUUUAUUGGAUGCUUCAUAUCUUCUCUUUAAAUCAAAAUCUUCAUUUCUGCUUCAUAUUUUUGUCAUGUAAAUGGAUGCUUAGACUUCUCUGAGAUGGUUACUGAAUAGAACUUGUUUCAUAUCCUGGGAAAUCCAAA